AUGGCGAACAAGAUCCUGAUCGCGUAUCUCAUCGCGGACGCCCUCUUUUUGGCCAUGGGCGUGGUCAUCCUCGCCUUUUCUAUCAUCGUCAACAACAUCAAGGAUGAGGUACCAACAAAAGGGACCCAGGCGGCAAGGAACUUGCUUUAUCAAGAUUUCCCAUUAACAGCUGGUAUCGCCAACGCCGCUGUCGUCUUCUUCGCAUUCCUCGUCACACUCCCCGGUAUUGCCACCUCGUCACGCAAAUGGCUCAAAUUCGCAAGCUACAUCGCCGUAGUGUGCCUGAUAUUCAGCAUGGUUCUCGGCCUCUUCAUAUGGAUCCAGACCCUGAAGCUGAGGGAAGAGUUCGCGCCGCGGUUUGCAGCGCAAACCAACGACGUUAAGAGUCUCAUGCAAGUCGAGUUCAACUGCUGCGGAUACUUCAACAGCAGCAGUCCCGCUUUUGUUACGGAUUCCAUGUGCACCAGCAAGGCUUCUGCGGCCGUCCAGCGCGGGUGUGCCACGCCCGUUUCGAGCUUUGCGAACGUUUUCCUUGAUAACAUCUUCACCGCCCUCUUCGGUAUUGUUGGAUUUGAUGGCCUUUUUAUCAUGGCUACCGCUUGUUUGCUCAAGGACCGCAAGGAACGAGAGAGGUUCCAGCAUAUCGAUGAGAAGAACGGAUAUGGCCGGAUUUGA